ACUAGCUCUGCAAAUCUCAACGUCUGCUAUAUACAAAACGACCCUUUGUCAUAGCUCUAUAGCUGAGCGUUGGCGUUGAGCUUUUGCAAGUGGAUCGUAGCUGCGUUCGUCUAGAUAUUUUCUCGGAUGCCUCCCUUCGCACGCACCCCGCUGAAUCGCAACCCGGUGCACCGCACCCUGCGCAAGCAUCCCUCCCUCUUCGGCAUCCCCUUUGUGGUCAUCAUCGUCGGCGCGUCCUUCGCCAUGCAGAGCUUUACCCAGACACGCUAUGACCUCCACGACCAGAAGGUCAGCCAGUUAAGCAAGGAGCAGGAGCUCGGGCUCGCGAAGAGCCGCAAGAAGUUUGACAUCAGAGAGGAGUAUUUCCGGCUGAGCGCUGCGCAGGAGGAGGACUGGGAGCCUAAACGCAUUGAACGUCCCAAGGGCCUCCCAGAAUGGGGUGUUCCGCCUCCGGAGCCUCCGACGAAGCCAGAUAAGCCUUGACAUGCACAACACAUAGUACUCGCUUCCGCAGCGGACCCUCGAGUCGUUUCCUAUCACCUACUCAAAGCCCAUGCAUUACUCGGUGUUCCGAGCUCAGCAUAACGACGCUACGAUACACAGUCCGACGCAAAGAGAUGAUUUGCCACAGCCC